GUCUCCUCAAGUUUUGGAGAAGGGAGGAGUGCCUUAGUGCAAACAACUUUGUGUAAACUCGCUCUCAGGCAUCACUUGUAAGUGAACAGAGGUCUACAGACACAGGCGGGGUGUGCAAGAAAAGCAUCUCUUUCAAGAGGACUAUUUAUACGCUUUUUACUUAGAAACGAUUUAAAGAUGAGUUAUUUGCUGUUUGGAGUAACUGCCCUGCACAUCGUCAUCUUGAUCAUCCUCUUCGUUGCCACCCUUGACAAUUCAUGGUGGGUACUUUCAGAAGAUGAAACACUGAACCUCUGGCAUGACUGUAUUUAUAACAACAGCUCAGAAAGUUGGAUGUGCUCUUCUGUGUCAACCAAUGAAUGGUUCCAUGCUGUUCAAGCUCUGAUGGUCCUGUCGGUCCUUUUCUCCAGCUUCUCCUUCAUGUUAUUCAUGUGUCAGCUCUACACCAUGGAUAAAGGUGGACUCUUUUAUGCCACAGGUGUCUUCCAGAUACUUGCAAGUCUUGCUGUGUUCUCGGGAGCAGUGAUCUACGCAAGCCAUGUGAAGGAGUUUCAUCAAGACAAGCCUGAAGGAGGACAUUUUGGUCACUGCUUUGUGCUGGCCUGGGUGGUCUUUCCUCUCAGUUUAGUGAGUGGAAUCAUGUACAUUCACCUGCGAAAGCGGCAGUAACACCAGAAAAACAUCUUCUUAUUCCACAUAUCAGGAGAUCUUUGCCCAGACUGUGUGGGAUGGAAUACUGUCUCUGGGGUUUCAGCUGGAUCCGCCUGCUUUGGAAACUUGUGGUCCACCAAAUUUUAAACAUCGCCAUCAUAAUAAUUAAAGGCACUGUUGCUAUCCUUAUCGAUCUCCAUUCCAUGGCCUGCUGUGGUCCUGGAUACUGCAAAAAUGUUAUAGUUUAUGUACGGCUGGAUUCAGAAUGGAUUUCCUCAACAUUCCUCAUGAAGACAACCCAUCUUAUUACAUUAUACCUUCAUUGCUAUUGUAUGCAGAGCAAUAUAUGUUUCUGCUUUUGCAUACCCUCAGGGAACAGCCCCAUGCAACAAAAGCCAUAUAAAACAGUGUUUUUGCCUUUUUAAUGUAGGCCAACAACAGCAGAAAGAAGGACAAAAGGAAUUGCUUGAUCUCAAAUUGAAUAUUGUUACUAUCAGAUUAAGUACAUUUACACAUAACUGAAAAUAUAAGUAUUAUUUCAUAUUCAAAAUAUUUUAGUUAGGUUUUGCUUAUUUUAGUCUAAAAAUGGAUAUACACACUCCCACUUUGCUUUAAUAAUGAGAAUAAUUUUAGUUUUAGUUUUUUUUAUAUGUUGUGUAUACCCAGUGUCAAAUCUGCAGUCAUC